GCUUUCAAAGAAUCAGAUGAGGGCUUCCCGACGCUUCUACGUCCGGGGAAUGCUCGUAAGGUCGAAGAGACACGGAAUACAAUAUUGUCACAUAUGAUAAUGGCUACUCACGCUGCCGCUGAGAAGCCUAUCAAGGAAGCGGUAUCAUCAUCUGGUGUCAAAGACUCUUUUGCCACACCCAUCAUUUCCCGUCUUAUCCAGACCGGGAAGGUUCUGAGAAAAUCGAACGAGCAGCGCAAGGCCGUCUCACCCGAAGAAGUCAAUCGGAUUCUAACGGAGGAAUUGAAGAAGCAUAAGGAUCGACCGAUGAUGAACCCGCUCCUCCAACUGGACGGGAAAUUUACGGAAUUCCAAUCGCGCUUGAACUCACUCAAUCAACGCGGUCUGAAUGUUCCAAAUAUAAUGGCUGACUACAUGUGCCGAUACUCGGGCGGCCUGAUCGGGAAACAUUUCAAGACCAUCAGCCAGGUCAUGACAUUCGCGAUUGCUGGCAUCGCCGAGAAAAAGUUACAAGACGCUUGGGAUGCGAUUGGACGCCUCACAGUUCUCAUUUGGACGGUUGACAUUCCCGACCUUGAAUCACACUUGGAGGAACUCAAGAAGACCAUUAAUGAUGUCCUCGACUCUGCGGCGAGUUGCAGUCCUGCGCUGAUCACCAACAAGCCAAAACCUCACAUCUUAGCACACAUAAUUGAGGAUGUCCGGCGUUUUGGCCCUGCGAUUCUCUUUUCCACAGAGCGGUAUGAGAAAUUCAACCGUGUGUUCCGCUUAUGCUCGAUCCACAGUAAUCGACAAGCACCAAGCCGUGAUAUUGCCACAAUGUUUGCUCACCAGGAUCGAUGUCGACAUGUCGUUACUGGGGGAUUUUGGUUUGACCGCAAACUGAAGCGUUGGGUCUGCGCGGGGCGGUCAGUGAUUGAGCAUAUCAAUACCCACGCGCAAGAUGCUGCUUUGCUGGGUGUCAGUGCUGUGACCCCAUUCUGUGCGGGUGCGACCACCCUGUUCCCGUUACCGAAGGGUGUACACAUACGUCCUCCGCCCCUCAAAUGGAAAGACACGGCAACAUACAAGGCCCUCGGUGACGCAAUACUUCAGCCGCCAUCUGGGGCAUGGCAGCCUGCAAGAACAUUUGUGACAGCAAGUGGGGACACGGCAGCAAUAGGUGAUCAGCAUUUAGGUGUCACACGGUCCCUGGGGUUUGCACGAGUACGCGAAAUUCUCUCGGCCGCAAGUGACUCCUCUACGUCUUGCGCUGUUGUUGAGGAAUCCCAGCUCGAAUUUGAAGUUCACCCAACACUACAGCUGCCGGUGAUACGAACGACGGGCAUCGUGUCCACUGUUCCAUUGCAUCGCAUAUUAGCCAUCGUAAAUGUGCAGCACGACUGUUUAAGAGGAGCCUGCAAGACAACAAGUUCGGUCACAGUUCGUCAAGAGCGGGAGGAGACUACACGUACCAAAUCUAUCGUGAAACACACCGAAUAUCCAUAUUAUCUACUCAACAUCUACAGUCUUCAUAACAACAAUAUCAUACGGGAGGCAGUGCCAUUGCAUCUCCGGAGUAGGCCUCCAUUGUACCUCGAUCGGCACGAACUACACAUCAGCGCAGCUGCAUCUCUACGAGAUGAAAAGCUGCAAAAGAAGUUAGCAAAGGAAGCGGCAAUACGCAAGCAAGCGGAGACUGCGCGCUUGGCUGCAAACCUCCCAGGGCUUCUCGACGAUGUCGAGGUUAUCGACGAUGAGGCUGACGAAGAAACUUGGGAUCAGCCAAGUCUCUCAGACGCAACGAAGAGUGCACUGACACCAGCCAUACGUACCAAUGGUACAGAUCAGAACCCCGCGCCGACGGAACAACCAGUGAUGAGGGGACCGAGAGGGCGACGCGGCAAUGCCAAUGCACCACGGUCCACGGGUCAGCCUUCAACAAGAGGACGAGGGCGGGGCAAGAAGUUUCAAGCUGGCGCGAGCUCAGCGACGGGCCCCAUGAUCCCUCCCUCACCACCUCCUGCUACUCGUGUUGCUGGUACUGCCGACACUUCUACCUCACUGCGGGCGAGUACUUCACUCCCACAGGUUCAAGCAGCAGUGAUAAAUGCACCACAUAACGCCCCAAGCAAAAAACGACGACGGGCUGCUGCUGAUCCUGUGGCAGCAGCGGCUCGCGAGGCAGAGCUUCGGACUAUCCAAUCCACGUGCUCGAUCGCGCUGGUGCAACGAGCACGAAGUCAAAUUUUGCUCAACGGUCGCUUUCCUCCUGCGACAGCUCUGCGCAUGAUGGCCUUCAAUCGCGAUGAGUUCCUUCGCCGUUAUGGCUUGUCUCUGGACAAUCAGGCUGUAUCAGGAACCUCUGGACCGACCUUGCCUGCUGUGGGCAGCGGGCAUGACACAUCGUUCGCUUCGCCAACUAUGAAUACCAGGCCCGAGCAAGUUUUCACUCCGUCAGCGGGCAGUCCUUUCUUAUCUGGCCUGCAGCAUGAUGCUGCCACUCCGCAAAGGGCUGAAACGCCUGGGGAAGACUCUUUCACUGCCCAGAGCAGCAAUUCCGCUAGUUCAGAUCCGACUCAGUCAUAUCGUCGCGACAUGUUCGAUGGGACAGAUAAUUUGUGGAACAGCUCACCGAUGCCUGCUUCUAUGGGAUCUGUGCCAUUGCGUCGUCAGCGUGACGAGCAAGAUAUGUCGGUGGACGGUUCACGAGCGCGAAUGCCUAUGCAUCAAAACCGCGUCUUUGCGAAGCAAAGAUGUGAAUCUGUGCAGCUUUCGCAUGCGCAGAUGCAGAAAGUGCAAGAGUUUGCGGAGUUGAGCGUGGUGGAGAUGCUCAUUGAUCUCAAGAUCCAUCUGAUACAGAAUGAGCUUGAGCUUAUCAAGCGUUUCUUCAAGUCCUACUAUCGUCAUCCUGACUUUGUGACACGUCUGCGGACCCAUCUCGCAGCUGCGCUGCUGGCACCAAACGUGCGGGCAUAUGUCAAAGGGAUGACAGACCAGAUGGUG